AUGUUCUCCUCGUCUCUCGCCUCGCUCUUGACGCUCGCUGUCGUCGCGCUCAAUGCCAAACCGGCUCAGGCUGCGAUGGCGCAGGGCAGCAUCGACCCCAUGAACGACUGGCAUCUUAGGUACGACAGGGCUACUUUCGCGACGACUGAGGCCUUCUGCCGCACCUGGCGUACGGCGUGCAUCGACCUCGUCGGCCCGCUCAACGAGCACCACCAGCUCGACUGCCGCUUCAGCACCGACAGCGGCGCGCUCGUCCAGCAGGGCACCACCAUCUGGGCCAAGUGCGGCGGAAAGCCCAAGUCGCCCGACGGCACCUGGGCCAACGCCCUCGCCGUCGUCGACCGCACCAGGCAGCUUGCCAGGACCACCUUCGCCAAGAGCGUUCACAUCGUUAGCGAGCCCGUCUCGCAGGAUCGCUGCGUCGAGUUGCAGAAGAAGGACAAGAAUAUCGUCUGCGACGGCGCCGCCGCUCCGUCGAUUAGCAAGCGCACGACGACUCCUCACAAGCCCACGUCGACGCACAAGGCGACGUCGACGCACAAGGCGACGACUACGCACAAGGUCACGGCCACGCCCAAGCCGACUCACAAGACCUCGUCGCACAAGCCGACCCACAAGACCUCGUCGCACAAGCCUACGACGACCAAGAAGCCCGCUCACCCGACGCACAAGCACGACCACCACCACGAGCACCACCACGUCCUCCCGACCAAGCGUCUCUCGGGACUCGUCAAGAAGGUCGCGGCGAAGAAGCACGAGAAGCACUGA